AUGAUGAAUGAAAAUAAAAAGUUAGACAUUAUUCGGAAUAUGUUAAACACAUUAUUGGGGUCCACAGAGUUUGAAAUAAAUAAUAAAAAUGAUGAAAUAAAAAAUAUGUUAAAAAAAAAAUAUAUAGAUAAAUCAAAAAAGGUUAUACACUUUUAUAGGAGUUAUAUGAAUAUAUUAGAACAAAAAGAAUUAGAAAAAUUUUCAAAUUUAUAUGAUAUAAUAUUAAAUAAUUCUUUCGAAUAUUCUGAAAAGGAUAACAUAGAUACAUAUAUGUAUUGUAAUAUAUUUCCUGUUUUAAAAAAAACUUUUGAUUCUUUUGUUUUAUAUAUAUCUAAAUUAAUAGACCACAAACAUGAUGAAAAUUAUAAAAAUAUAAUUAAAAAUAUUAAUCCAAUUUUAUUAUUUUCUCAAUAUAUUAUACGUUUAAGCAACGAUAUGUAUUCAGAAUCAGAUAUUAUAGAUAAUAACCAGUUUGAUAUCCAAAUAAGCAAUGAUUUAUUAGAAAAUCCAAAUAAUAUAUUAAUUAAUAAUAUAAAUAGCAAUAUUAAUGAUCAUAGUAUUAGUGGAAAUUAUAAUAACACUGUUUUUUUUGAAGACCAAAAUUCUAAAACAGAAGAAGCUCAUUUCGAAAAAGAAAUACAAAAUUUUUAUAGUAAAUAUGAUAUAUUAGAAUAUGAAAAUAAAUUAAAAGAAAAAGAACAAAAAAAAGAAAUAUUAAAAACUAUUUAUCAUAAAAAAAAUUUAUUAUCUAAAGAAGAUAUAUCGUUGUAUAAUGCAUAUUAUGAACAGCAUAUAAAAUUGCGAAGGAAUAAAUUUCGAGACUUAUUAUCUUCUACAUCUGUUAAUUUAAAUGAUUCAAAAAAGUAUGAAAUUAAUGCAAAUCGUAAUUCAUUUAGCAUUUAUCUAGAUAUGAAAAACAGGCAAAGUGUUAUUGAACAAUUUGAAAAAAAGACAACGGAAUUGAAAAAAAAACAAAAUGAUGAAACCACAGAAAUAGAUCCUAAAAAUAUAAGCAGUUUUGAUGAAAUAAUAAAAAAAAUUGAAAAAAAAGAAAGUUGUGAUUUUGAAAAAAAAAUAUACACAUUACUUAAUAAAUGGAUAAAAGAAGAAGAUGGACGACGAUUUAUAAUAAAUCAAAAAUGUAAAAUAGAACCACUUUUUAACGAAUUUAAAAAAAUAAAUCAUACAAUAACAGAUAAAGAUAUUAUCCCUUUGAUAUUUUUUAUAGAUAAAAAUUUAUAUUUAAAUUAUUCAUUAGUUAAUCAAUAUAAUUAUAAUAGUUUUUAUUAUAUUUUUCAUCUAUAUUCCUCUUUUUAUUGUUCGGACACUAAUAGCAUAACAUUUAAUGAAUUAUGGGAUUUUCUAGUUUCUAAUUUACCACUAAAUAAUUAUUUAUAUAAAAAUGAUAUUAUAAUAGGAUUUAAAAAAUUUGAAAAAAGAAAAAAAAUUAUUAAAAAUUUUCAUUUUAUUAUAUCUUUCAUAAAAAAUUUUUUAAUACAUUUUUUGAUAGACAUAUUUUUAUUUAUUUCUAAAAUUAUAAAAAUUGAAUUAAAUUCCACAAAAUUUUUUGAUAUUAUUCAAACAAAUUACCAUAAAAUAACUUACUCCGACAAUUUCUAUCUUUACAUAAAUUCGCUAUCUCGUUUUUAUUCAUCAUCUAGUAGUUCUUCUAAAUUAUCAAAAACAUAUAUGUCAAAUACACAACAAAUAUUAGAAGGCAAUUUAAAUCUAAAUCAAAAGAAAAUUUCAAUUGAAGGAAAAGAUGAAUUAUCUAUGAAUUGCAAUGUCAACAAUUCGAUAAACAAACAAAAUAUCCAAAUAACUAAAAAUAACAAUAAUAAUGAUGAAAAAAAAAAAAAUAUAUUAACACAUUUAUUAUUACUUUUAUGGGGUAUUACCAUUAAAUUAAAUAUCCCAUAUGAUGAUCUAAUAAUAUCAGAUGAUAUAUCAACAGAUAUGGAUGGAGAAAUAAACGAGCAAAUUUCCGAAUCCUCAAUUGAUAGUUUAAAUGCCAAAGAAAAAAAAUGUGCAUGUACACAAGAAUGUGAAGUAAAAGAUACAGAAUUUCAAAAAACAAUUAAAAAUAAAAAAAUGAGAAAAAGGCGAAAUAAAUACACAAUAAUGAAUGAUCACACAUACCAAAGCGAUCAUAACAUCAUAUGCAAAAAAAAUAGAAAAAAAAAUGGAGAAAAAAAUGGAAACAAAAUGGAAAAACGAAAAAGAACCUUAUCACUAGAUUCGGAACAUACAAAAUGGAAAAAAAGAGACAGAAUAUGUAAAACAAUUAAAGAACAAAUUAAAAAUAAAAAUAAAAUAAAUAUAGAUACUUUAAAAGAAAUAAAAAGUAAAAAAGAUGAAAAAUAUUCUCAUUAUUUAUAUCAAAUAAAAAAAAAAUAUAAAAAAAAACGUUAUAAUGAAAAAAUAACAAAUUUAAUACAUUCCAUUGUAAAAUAUAUCAAACCAAAAACAAAAAAUCAUUACGAUACUAUUAUUAAUACAGUAAACAAAGGUAUGAACCACGUUUUUAUAAGUAUGUUUAACGAAGAAAACGAGAAAAAAGAUGAUAUCGCACCUCCAUUAACUCCUUCGGUAGAUAUUUUAAAGGAAACAGAUAAUAUGCUAUAUAUAAAUAGUUUUAUACAAACUAAUAUUAUAAAAAAAAAAAAAUGCAUAAAUCCGAUCCUUCUUUUGUGUAACUUAAAAUUAUAUAAAAAGAAAUUCCUUAACAAAUUUAAUACGGACCAUAUUUAUUUAUUAUUAUAUUUUGUCUAUUAUGUAAAUAAAAGAAUAAAUGAAAUUAUUAAUGAAGAAUUUAAACACCCAAAAGAAAACUAA